AUGGCAUCGCAGUCAGAAAGUGAGCUGACAAACCGGGGAAGCAUGUGGGAGCUAGAUCAGAACCUUGAUCAACCCAUGGAUGAGGAGGCGGGCAGGCUGAAGAAUAUGUACAGAGAAAAGAAGUUCUCAUCAGCUUUGUUACUACGGCUGGCAUUUCAGAGCCUUGGAGUGGUCUUUGGUGACUUGGGCACGUCACCUUUAUAUGUGUUCUAUAAUAUAUUUCCUCGUGGAAUAGGUGAGGGUGAGGAUGAGGAUGUUAUUGGAGCUCUUUCCUUGAUUAUUUACACCCUCACUCUCAUACCACUUCUGAAGUAUGUAUUUGUUGUCUUGAGGGCAAAUGACAAUGGUCAAGGUGGUACAUUUGCUCUUUAUUCCCUAUUAUGCCGUCAUGCAAAGAUCAACACCAUACCUAAUCAACACAGGACCGAUGAGGAAUUGACGACAUAUAGUCGGCAAACCUAUGAAGAGAAUUCAGUUGCAGCAAAAAUAAAGAGAUGGAUAGAGUCACAUGCAUAUAAGAGAAACAUUCUUCUUAUUCUUGUUUUAAUUGGUACUUGUACAGCAAUUGGAGAUGGAAUCCUUACACCUGCUAUAUCUGUUCUUUCUGCAUCAGGUGGCAUUAAGGUCCAGAAUCAGAACAUGAGUACCGAUAUUGUUGUGCUUGUCGCUGUGGUCAUCUUAAUCGGAUUAUUUAGCAUGCAGCACUAUGGAACAGAUAAAGUGGGAUGGCUCUUUGCACCAAUAGUUCUCCUCUGGUUCAUCCUAAUUGGAAGCGUCGGAGCUAUAAACAUACACAAGUAUGAUAGCUCUGUGUUAAAAGCAUACAACCCAAUAUAUAUAUACCGGUUUUUCCAACGGAGAAGGAAUUCUGACAUCUGGACGUCUCUGGGAGGAAUCAUGCUUAGCAUCACGGGAACUGAAGCGUUAUUUGCUGAUCUCUGUCACUUUCCUGUGUUGGCAAUUCAGAUUGCUUUCACCUUGAUUGUGUUUCCAUGCCUUCUACUGGCGUACUCAGGGCAGGCUGCCUACAUAAUUUCCAACAAAACACAUGUGGCUGACGCCUUCUACCGAUCAAUUCCAGAUGCCAUAUACUGGCCAGCCUUUGUCAUAGCAACUGCUGCAGCAAUUGUUGCAAGUCAAGCCACCAUAUCCGCAACCUACUCAAUCAUAAAGCAAGCUCUUGCACUUGGUUGCUUCCCCCGCGUGAAGAUAGUCCACACCUCGAAGAAAUUCCUUGGGCAGAUUUACAUCCCUGACAUCAACUGGAUCCUUCUGGUUCUCUGCAUUGCUGUAACCGCUGGAUUCAAGAACCAAAGCCAGAUAGGAAAUGCAUAUGGUACUGCAGUGGUUAUAGUUAUGCUAGUUACGACAUUCCUGAUGGUGCCAAUAAUGCUGCUGGUAUGGAAGAGCCACUGGAUCCUCGUGGUCACCUUCAUCGUGCUCUCGCUCAUGGUGGAGGUUCCCUACUUCGUGGCGUGCAUCCUGAAGAUCGAUCAGGGUGGCUGGGUCCCGCUCGUCGUGGCGACGGCCUUCUUCGUCAUCAUGUACGUGUGGCAUUUCUGCACGGUGAAGCGGUACGAGUUCGAGAUGCACAGCAAGGUGUCCAUGGCGUGGAUCCUGGGGCUGGGCCCGAGCCUGGGCCUGGUGAGGGUCCCGGGGAUCGGCUUCGUGUACACGGAGCUGGCGAGCGGCGUGCCGCACAUCUUCUCCCACUUCAUCACCAACCUCCCCGCGAUCCACUCGGUGGUGGUGUUCGUCUGCGUCAAGUACCUCCCCGUGUACACGGUGCCGACGGAGGAGCGGUUCCUGGUGCGGAGGAUCGGGCCCAAGAACUUCCACAUGUUCCGGUGCGUGGCGAGGUACGGCUACAAGGACCUGCACAAGAGGGACGAGGACUUCGAGAGGAUGCUGUUCGACUGCGUCCUCUUCUUCGUCCGGCUGGAGAGCAUGAUGGAGGGCUACUCCGACUCGGACGAGUUCAGCGUGCCGGAGCAGGCGCCCGGCUCCGGCCGCGCGGCGUUCCUGGGCGAGCGGGCCUGCGCGACCAUGUGCUCCAACGGGGAGCUGAGCUUCUCAUCGCAGGACUCGAUCGUGCCCGCCGCGCGGUCGCCCCUGCCGCCGAGGGGGCUGCGGCUGCAGCUGCAGUGCUCAGCGUCGGCGUCGGCGUCGGCGGUGGGGCAGGCCAGCAGCGGCGACACGGUGGGCGACGAGCUGGAGUUCCUGAACCGGUGCAAGGACGCCGGCGUGGUGCACAUCCUCGGGAACACCAUCGUGCGCGCGCGGCGGGACUCGGGCGUCGUGAAGAAGCUCGCCGUCGACUACAUGUACGCCUUCAUGAGGAGGGUGUGCAGGGAGAACAGCGUCAUCUUCAACGUGCCCCAUGAGAGUCUGCUCAAUGUCGGGCAGAUAUACUAUAUCUGA